UGUAAUCCGUCAUUGUUGUGCUGUCUUGCAGAUAACUUCCUUUUUAGUGAUGAAAUCAUAGCCAAUGGUUUUCACUCCUGUGAUAGUGAUGAAGAUGACAGAGCUUCACAUGCAAGUUCUAGUGAUUGGACCCCAAGACCACGUAUAGGUCCCUACACUUUUGUUCAGCAGCACCUCAUGUUAGGUACAGACCCACGGACAAUUCUGAAAGACCUGCUACCAGAAACAAUCCCUCCACCAGAACUGGAUGAUAUGACACUGUGGCAAAUUGUUAUAAACAUUCUUUCAGAACCACCAAAAAGAAAAAAACGAAAAGAUAUUAAUACUAUUGAUGAUGCUGUGAAACUUUUACAAGAAUGCAAAAAAAUAAUGGUCUUGACUGGAGCUGGGGUGUCUGUGUCUUGUGGAAUACCUGACUUUAGAUCAAGAGAUGGCAUCUAUGCACGCCUUGCUGUAGACUUCCCAGACCUUCCAGAUCCUCAAGCAAUGUUUGAUAUAGAAUACUUCAGAAAGGAUCCCAGGCCAUUUUUUAAGUUCGCAAAGGAAAUCUAUCCAGGACAAUUCCAGCCAUCUCUCUGUCACAAGUUCAUAGCUUUGAUGGAUAAAGAAGGAAAACUACUUCGCAACUACACUCAGAACAUAGACACGUUGGAACAGGUUGCAGGAAUCCAAAGGAUAAUACAGUGUCAUGGUUCCUUUGCAACAGCUUCCUGCCUGAUCUGUAAAUACAAAGUUGAUUGUGAAGUUGUUCGAGGAGAUAUUUUCAAUCAGGUUGUACCUAGAUGUCCCAGAUGUCCAGCUGAUGAACCACUUGCUAUCAUGAAGCCAGACAUAGUGUUCUUUGGAGAGAACUUACCUGAGCAGUUCCAUCGCGCCAUGAAGUACGACAAAAAUGAAGUUGAUCUCCUUAUUGUCAUUGGGUCAUCACUGAAAGUAAGACCAGUAGCGCUGAUUCCAAGUUCCAUCCCCCAUGAAGUGCCUCAGAUCUUAAUUAAUAGGGAACCUUUGCCUCAUCUACACUUUGACGUGGAGCUUCUUGGAGACUGUGAUGUUAUUAUUAAUGAAUUAUGUCAAAGGCUAGGUAGUGAAUAUACAAAACUUUGCUACAACUCAGUAAAACUUUCAGAAAUAACAGAAAAGCCUCCACGAACGCACAAGGAGCUCGAAAUGCACUCUUCUGAGCUACCGCCUACCCCUUUAAACAUUUCAGAAGACUCUAGUUCACCAGAAAGAAUGACUCCACCAGAUACUGCAGUAGCAUCUUCAGAACACCCAGCUGAAUGUAAGGUAGAAAACUCCAAUCUUGCCUCAGAAACAAAAGGGACCUGCCCAGAGGAAAAGGUUCAGGACACACAAACAGCAUCAGAAAACCCUGAAAAUCCUACUAGUGAGUUAAUGAACUCUGAAACAAUGAAGGAAAAUGGAUCUAACAGUGGAGAAAAUAAAGAAAAAAAUGAAAUACUGAAGAAAUGCUGGGUAAACAGAUCUGCAAAAGAACAGAUUAGCAAAAGGCUGGAUGGUACUCAGUAUCUAUUUUUACCACCAAACCGCUAUAUUUUCCAUGGUGCUGAGGUAUACUCAGAUUCUGAAGACGAUAUCAUAUCUUCUAGCUCUUGCGGGAGUAGUAGUGAAAGCGGUUCGUGUCGUAGUCAGAGCUUAGAUGUGGAGGAUGAGAGUGAAAUCGAAGAGUUUUACAAUGGCAUAGAGGAUGAGGAUGCUCCAGAAAGGGAAGAGGAACCUGGAUUUGGGGAAGAUGGAGUUGAACAAGAUGAACUGGCAGCUGAUGAAGCAGCUUACACAAAUGAAGCUGCAGGGACUGAUCAUCCAAGCAACAAGUUGUAAAGUGAUCACUGACUGGUUACAGGAACUUUCCACCAGCAUUAGGAGCUUUGGCAUGUCAGAAUGAAUGUUUACGUCUGAAUUUAGAGCAACAAAACCAUAAGGAUGUAGUGUUUAUAAACAACUAAACCAGAUUUUCAUGCUUAGUUUUUUACCUUUUUCAAUAAAAUUCUAUUACUGCGCA